AUGGCCUCCACCUGCGAGGUGCCGACAAAAGCACGUGGGGGCAAGUUCUCCCAAUGGGUUUCAAAGCAAGUUGUCGACGAGCAGGUUCCAUCGAUUAGCCCCUCAACACCACCAGCUCUCUCUCCAUCAGACGAGCCUACGGAAAAGGAACCCUUGGCUCUGAAGCCCAUGGCAAAGGAUGAGGAGGAGGCUUUCCGGCAGUACAUGGAUAAAAUUGGCGAGAACCGUGAUGGCACGAGCGCAGGCUUCAACCGCAAGGCAUUCCCCUGGUUCACCCCAAAAGAGCCAGCAAAAGCGCCGACCGUCUCGGCUGAGGUUCUCGAAGCAGCAAUGGAAUUCAAGCCAAAGCCGCGGACUUCGACUGCAAAGCUUUGGGAGGUGGACUCAGAGGGAGAGGAGGUGCCUCUGUGCCCGCGCUGCUCGCUGCCGGUGGGCGAGUUCGCUUACCAGGGCCGUGAGGGCAAGCAAUCGUGCGUGCACACGGAGUGCAUGGCCCAGGUCAUGUCUCAAGAGGCGCAGCGUGAGGAGGACGCACGGGUGAAGCGA